AUGCAAACAGCAGAGGGGAGAGCACAGCGAAGCCAUCACGGCUGGCGGGGCCACGGGGUCCAGUCAGAACUGGAGCGCACAGGGUCCCACGUCCUGUACCGAGAUAGCCGGAACCCUGCUGCCCUCGGGGUGUUCACAGCCUUCUCCUCCUCAGACAGCCUGCUGUCCCCAGCAUGGGGCUUUUGGAGGAUGUGGGAGAGGAGCAUAUGGCCCCCCCAGACCCCAAGAGCCCCAGAGCCGGGCCCUUUGACCAUCUACCCCGACCUGCCCCUCGUGUCGGAGCCCCAGGCUGCUCACAGCCCCCUGGAGAAGUCGCCCAGCACGGCCAUCCUGUGCAACACGUGUGGAAAUGUGUGCAAGGGGGAGGUGCUGAGGGUCCAGAACAAGUAUUUCCACAUCAAGUGCUUUGUCUGUAAAGGCUGUGACCUGGCGAGGCCGGCCUAGGGCGGCCGUCGCCAGGGCUAGCACAUUAUCUGCACGCUGGACUACCAGAGGCUCUGGACCCGCUGCUUCAGCCAUGACCGGUUCAUCGAGGGCAGGGUGGUGUCAGCUGGGCAAACCUACCACGACUGCUUCGUGUGCCCGGUGUGCCGGUUGCCCUUCCCGCCUGGGGACCGAGUGACCUUCAACGGGAAGGAAUGCGUGUGUCAGAAGUGCUCCCUGCCCAAGACAGCGGGCGGCAGCGUGCACCUGUCCCAGGGCCUCUGGAGUUGCGGGGGCUGCGGCACGGAAAUUAAAAACGGCCAGUCCCUGGUGGCUUUGGACAAACACUGGCACUUGGGCUGUUUUAAGUGCGAGACGUGUGGGAAACAGCUGGACGCGGAGUACAUCAGCAAGGACGGGCUGCCCUACUGCGAGACCGACUACCACACCAAGUUCGGCAUCCGCUGUGACGGCUGUGAGAAGUACAUCACGGGGCACGUGCUGGAGCUGACUGUCUGGGGCGCGGGCGCUGGAGAGGGGCAGCGGGGGCCGGCCGAUCGGACCGGGCUCUGUCGCGAGGACCCCGUGCAGGUAGGGAGCCUGGCCGGGCGCUUCGGAGGGCCGGUGGUGAGGCCGGAGGAGCCACACUGGGUUGCAGGAGGGUGGGCUCGCGAGGAGCUGGGCCACAUCGGCCAAGCGCCGGGCGCUGCCCCAGUCACGUCCCUGCCGCAGGUGCACGGGGGCCCCGGCUGCCCCACGUCCUCGCCGGCGCUGACUUCCCACUCUGGCUCGGUUCGCUUUGACUACAGCCGCCCUCACGGGAAUUGUCGGGGAGACCCGGAUGAAAGUAAUAACGAGAUGCUAUUUCCCCCCAUUCGAUUGACGAUCGAAGGGCACACCCACGUGGUGAGGAACCUGGCUGGUUCCUCCAUCUGGCACCCGGCGUGCCGACAAGCAGCCAGAACUGAAGACAAAAACAAGGAAACCAGGAGCUCCUCAGAGAGCAUCAUUUCUGUACCUGCUUCCAGCACCUCGGGGUCUCCGAGCCGCGUGAUCUAUAGCUCGUGGUAUCGGCAGCUGCUGUUGGCGACGUUUGUUCGGAGCAAGUGCGGCAGGAAGGCCCCCAGGAGGCUCUUGCUGGGUCCAGAUAUGAGCGGUGAGGGCCUGGACCAGAGCCGCCUGGGCUGGAAAGGGACAGCUAGUCGCACAGCGGACAGGAGCGUGGGGCCUGUGCCGGCCCUGGGUGAGGAGAGCCACGUGGACCCUCAGCCAAGGGCAGACACCCCGGGGGGCGCCUCAGACCUGCAGCACGCCUGCUCCGGGCGGGUCGGGGGGAGCAGCACCCCGUCCUCAGCCCCGUUGAGAGGGGACCGGGGAGAGGCAGCCCCAUUGUCCUCGGACAAGAGCAGCGAGGCCCUUCCCUCCAUCCCGUGCAGUGAAAGUGGCCGGAGCACCCCCAGCCUCUCGGUGCUCUCAGACAGCAAGCCUCCCCCCUGCACCUACCAGCAGGCGCCUCGCCACUUCCACGUCCCAGACACUGGCGUAAAAGAUAACAUCUAUAGGAAACCCCCCAUCUACAAACAGCAUGGUCCUGUAGCCCAAUCCCCAAUUUCCAAGCUCUCGGGCCUGAUGUCAGUCUUGUCCUUGGUGGUGCACAAGGCAGGGUGCUCCAAAAGGCUAGAAGGUCCAAGCCCUCUGCGGGCUGCAGCCGCGAGGCGACCAGACGGAGAAGACGGCAGUUUCGAGCAGGAUAACAGGAAGCAGAAGACCAGCUGGCUGAUUCUCAAGGGGGACGCAGACACUAGGACUAAUUCUCCAGACCUAGACAGCCAGUCUUUGUCCCUCAGUAGCGGGACCGAUAGAGACCCUCUCCAAACAAUGCAAGGGGACAACUUUUACUCACGAUCCCCCUAUUCCAAAUCUGACCCUCUCCCAGGACACGGAAAGAAUGGCCUGGACCACCGGAACGCCAAUCUGGCCCCUUGUGGAGCAGACCCGGAUGCCAGCUGGGGCACGCGAGAAUACAAGGUCUACCCUUAUGACGCCCUCAUUGUCACAAACCGAAUUCGCGUGAAACUGCCCAGAGAUGUGGACCGCACGAGACUGGAGAGGCACCUGUCGCCCGAGGAGUUCCAGGAAGUGUUUGGAAUGAGUGUGCAAGAGUUCGACCGCCUGGCCCUCUGGAAGAGGAAUGACCUCAAGAAGAAAGCCCUGUUGUUUUGA